AUGUCCACCGCCGCGGCGCCGCCGGCAACCUCGCUGCUCCGGCCGGCGGCGGUGACCACCACGGGCAACAGGGUGCACCUCAAGAACCUCGAGCAUCUCUUCCGGAACCGCGGCGCCGUCGAGGGUGGCAGCGGCGCGGCUGCUGUGACGCCGGUGACGAAGACGAGGCAGCAGGCGCCGCUGCUGCGCCUGCCGUCGUUUCUUGGGAGGGGGAAGGGGGAGUGUAAGGAGGAGCAGCCCCACGUGUCGCCGAGGAGGCUCGAGCGCGUGCUCCUCCCGGCGGCGCCCGACGGGCCGUCGCCGCGCGGGAACAUCGCGGCGACGUGGAGGCAGCUCCACGGCGAGCGCGACUGGCGCGGGCUGCUCGACCCGCUGCAUCCGGACCUCCGCCGGGAGAUCGUCCGCUACGGCGAGUUCGUCGACGCCGCGUACGGCGCCUUCCUCUCACGCCCCGACGCCGCGCCGGGAGACCGCGUGCGCGUCCCGCUGCAGGACGGCGCCUACCGCGUCACGGCGCCGCUCUUCGCGACCUCGUCGGUGGGGCUCCCCACCUGGCUCGCCUCCGCCGCGCCGUGCGCCGGCCAGCGCACGAGCCUCGUCGGCUACGUCGCUGUGUGCGACAACCCCGCCGAGGUCCGCCGCAUGGGGCGCCGCGACAUCGUCAUCGCGCUCCGCGGCACCUGCACCGUCCUUGAGUGGGCCGAGAACGUCCGCGCCGGCCUCGUCCCAGCCACCUCCGCCGCCGACUCGCCCGACGCGGACGCGACCACCCCGAAGGUGGAAUGCGGGUUCUGGAACCUCUGCAAGACCGGCGGCGGCGACGGCUCGCCUAGCUUGUCGGAGAUGGUCGUGUCCGAGGUGCGCCGGCUGCUGACAAAGUACGAAGGGGAGGAGGUGAGCAUCACGGUGACCGGGCACAGCCUGGGCGCCGCUCUGGCCGUCCUCAUCGCCGACGAGCUCGCCGGCCUCCCCGCGCCGGCGCCGGCGCCCGUGGCCGUCUUCUCCUUCGGCGGGCCGCGCGUCGGCGACCGCGCGUUCGCGUCGCGCGUGGAGGCCCGCGGCGCGCGCGUGCUCCGCGUCGUGAACGCGCACGACGUCGUGCCGCGGUUCCCGCCCCGGCUGCCGGCGAUGCCCGGGCGGUACGCCGACGUCGGGCGCGAGCUCCGCCUCGACAGCCGCGCGUCGCCGUACCUCCGGCCCGACGCCGACGCGGCGUGCUGCCACGACCUGGAGGCGUACAUCCACCUCGUCGACGGCUUCCUCGGCUCGCAUUGCCCCUUCCGCGCCAACGCCAAGCGGAGCAUCCUCCGGCUGCUCCAGAACCAGGGCGGCAACGUCAAGCAGCUCUACAUCAGCAAGGCCAUGGACAUGCGCAUCCGCCUCGACGGCGCCGCCGACAUCCCCGCCGCCUCGCCGCUCUCCCGCGUCGACGUGCUGGAGUGCGUGCACUGACCACGGCGCCGGCCA